GCAGGUCACGUGAUCAAAACAGUGUCAUGGCGGCGUCCACAGCGGUCCGCGCGGCCGUGAGCUUCACUCAGAAGUUCGUCCGAGUCUCUCCGGACUGCAGCGCGUGCCCGCUCUACCGACUGAACCUGUGCACCGGAGCCACCGACGGGUUCACCGCUCCGAACAGACACCUGCGGACCAGCAUCGGUGUGUGUCAGAGUGCAGACAGCAGUUCACCGGAGGAGGACGAGCGAGUUGUGAAUGUGGUUUACAUCGACCGCUCCGGUCAGAGGAUCCCCGUCCAGGCCAGGGUCGGCGAGAACGUUCUGUACCUGGCACACAAGCAUGGCAUUGAGCUGGAGGGCGCCUGUGAAGCGUCUCUGGCCUGCUCCACCUGUCACGUGUACGUCAGCAGCGAACACUACGAGAAGCUUCCCGAGCCUGAGGAGAGGGAGGACGAUAUGCUGGACAUGGCCCCGAUGCUGCAGGAGAACUCUCGUCUGGGCUGCCAGAUCAUCCUGACGCCGGAGCUGGACGGCAUGGAGCUGACCCUGCCCAAGGUCACCAGGAACUUCUACGUGGACGGCCACGUGCCCAAACCUCACUGAGACUGAACGGAGACACGGAUCAUAAAGCACUGUGUGAUCCGACACUAACGAUCCUGGUCCUCGGUGAGCGGGUCACAGAGCGCUGGACUCCUGAGCUCCUGCCGAAUCUGGUGCACAGGUAUCUCCACACCAUGGACUCCGGCGUGGCGCUUCAUUACCCCUCAUAGAACCACAACAUUACACCGUUUGCGUUAAAGGGUCAGGUCUGUCAUUAAUCACUCGUCCUCAUCUCGUUGAUCUUCAGAACACAGAUGAAGAUGAAGAUAUUUCUGAUGAAGUCCAGAGCUUUCUGAGCCUGCACACACAGAACAGAACUGAAAUGUUUCAGCAGAAAGUGUUGAAUCAAGUCGUCACACGGACUAUUUUAACGAUGACUAGCUCUUAAAUGCUUAACUUCUCUUCUUUGUGUGCAGGGUCAGAAAGCGCCGGACUUCAUCAGAAAUAUCUUCAUCUGUGUUCUGAAGAUCAACGACAUGAGCACAAGAGAUUAAUGACAGAACUUUUGAAAGUUUUGAGUGGACUAUAUCUUUAAAUGUACUGAAAACAUAAAAAACUUUUCUUUUCAUUCAAGUUUAUUUUUCUUGUAUGAAUAAAGCGAAGCCUCUUUUAGAUCCAUGAAGGUUUUCUGCAUCAGUGUUUUAUGAUAGUUAGGCUAUAUUUGUUUAAUGUUUCUGAUGACUGUCAUGCAGAUGUUGUUAUGUUCAUAGGUUUAUAUUUCACAUGAUCCUGCUCGAUGUCUAACAAACAUUACUGUAGUACUAUAUGUUACUGAUGUGCAACAAACACGACUGUGAUGCACAAACAGGCUUGGUUCUCUUCAUACACCUCUUUCUUUGUUGUUUUCUGGACAUGAUCUCCAAAUGUUUUCCCAAGAACAGAAACAUUCCACUUCAGAAAUACUUCCAGGUGUGUGUAAAUGUGAGUGUGAGUCUGUAGUUGUGGACAGAUGCUCCACAUCUGCUCGGAUCCAGCUGAUGAAGAUGUGUUUACACUGAGAGACUAAUGUUCUGCAGAUCAUUUCAUUUCUAACAAACACAAGAAUCUGUCAAACGCACAAUUAUUGUCUCUGCUCCGAUUAUUCAGAAACCAUAAAUGUGUUGAAGGUUUAUACAGUAUUAGAAAUGUCAUGUUUGAUUCUGAUGUAUAAAAUAAACAGACAGGUGUCAUUA